CUGUAGUGGUGCUGUGAGGAGUGCCGUAGAUCCAACAAAAAUCCUCAGCAGCCUGCCUACUGCUUGUAAUUUGCUCUGGAUAGCCCAUAUUUAAAUGCAUCCGUAUUUCAAGAUAUACCAAGCUCGAUGAAGAUCACUGUUAUUCUCCUAUCUCGAAUAUCGAUGCAGAAAUAGCCUAGCUGAAUCUAAUAGACAUUUCGGCCGUCUAUCUGGAGCGAAUACCUAACAGCCCAUACCAAUUCAAGCUGAUGUUGUCAAGAACAAGCAUCACGUGAUGUAUGAAGGCAAACACAUACACUUCUCAGAGGUGGACAAUAAGCCGUUGUGCUCGUACAGCCCAAAGCUCUGCAAGCAACGCAGACUAAAUGGCUAUGCUUUCUGUAUCCGGCACGUUCUGGAGGAUAAGACAGCUCCCUUCAAGCAAUGUGAAUAUGUGGCAAAGUACAACAGCCAGCGAUGUACCAACCCCAUCCCCAAGUCGGAGGACCGCAGAUACUGUAACAGCCACCUGCAGGUUCUGGGCUUUAUCCCCAAAAAGGAACGGAAGAAGAAGCAUGAUGCUUUGGAGGAAAUGCGCUCACGGGCUCACCUGGAGUCAGUGGCUCUCAACAUAACUGUGCCCUCUCUCGCUCUGAAAGCUCCCAAUGGUCUAGAUGAACUUCCGCCAUCUCCUCCCUGUACACGCCUGUUACCCCUCCCUGAUGAGGAACUCCUGGACCCUUUUGCCUUUUAUGAGGAUGACACGGAUGGGGAGGAGGUGGGUACUCCUCGGAAGGGCAGCGCCAUCAAGAAGAAACUACAGAGUCGGCUGGUGCUCAACCAGAAACUCUGCCAUAACACGGACCUCUUCCAGCCACCUUCUGAGCACUUUAGUCCCUCACCUGCCCCCCGUGUCCAUACCUCCUCGCCGCUCAACACUCAUCUCCCACGGCAGCAGUCAGGUCUUCUCCAGCCGCCCCAGCACUCCAGCGUGACUUCCUUCAUCUUCCCAGGACAGCAGCAGGGUUUAUUAUGCAAUCCACCACCACCUCAGACGGUCAACUUUCUGCCUCCAGGGAUGCCCGCUAAUGCAGCACCCAGUCCAGUGCAACCUUCUGGACCAUCACUCAGCAGGAAAAUGCCUUUCACCGCUACGCACUUGCCUGUCAGUUGCAAGGACAGUGGCAGUAACAAUCAGCGGCACAUGGUUGUCAUGCGUCCCGCUGCCUUCUCACCUUCUGCCAGCUGCCUGGCCAGGUUGCAACAUCUGGUGCAGCUCUGUGCCAAGACACACCAGGAGCAUGGAGACCUCUUUCCUCAUCUAGGACUGGAUUGGUCAGAAGACAGUGCUGCGGAUGAUGAAGAUGACGAUGAAGAGGAGGCAGAAACCUUUGUUCCUUUCCAGAGCUCUUGGAGACCACAGAAUGGGUUGGAGGACGACAGCGGUUCCUCGCGAAGAACGCGGCUACUUCGGCUUUGUUCGUACCUUCAGGAGAAAUACAAGCACAUGUGCAGGCAGGAGAGGGCGAGUAUCCGCCAAAAGAGAUACCGGUAUGCCUUCCGCAAAGCCUUGCUGCACGCUGCCAGUAACAACCCCGACUGUGCCGGGCAGCUGAUCCAGGAGUUACGUGGUGCCUCUCGAAGCUCCUCAAGUGUGGCUCCAGCAAGGCAGCAGAACACAGAUGCGGUGACCUGCACCGGCAGCACAAAGGGCCAGGCCUGCAACAACAGAGCUCUGCCCUUCACUCGACACUGCUUUCAACACAUCCUGUUGAAUCGUUCCCAGCAGCUCUUUGCUAGUUGCACAGCCAAAUUUGCAGAUGGUCAGCAGUGCUCCAUCCCUGUGUUUGAUAUCACGCAUCAGACACCACUCUGUGAAGAGCAUGCCAAAAAAAUGGAUAAUUUCCUGCGAGGGGAUGGUAACAGACGAGUGCAGCACCACCAGCAGCAGCAACAGCGAAAGCCACGUAAAAAGACCAAACCGCCGGCACUCACCAAAAAACACAAGAAGAAGAGGAGGAGAGUCCCACGCAGGCCUCAGAAACCCAUCCCUCCGGCGUUGCCACAGGGGAACCUGGGAAUGCCUUGUACAAGCCUAGCAAUGCCCGCACAGGCCAGCAUCAGGAGCCCGUCAACUCCAGACCUGAGUACAGAGGAGCUUCCUGACGACAUCACCAAUGAAAUGGCAGACAUUCCAAAUGACCUUGAGCUAAACCAGGAGGAUUUCUCUGACGUGUUACCCAGACUACCUGAUGACCUGCAGGUCUUCGACUUGUUUGAAGGUAAGAAUGGAGAUUUAUUGCCCACCACGGAGGAGGCUGAGGAGCUGGUGCGUGCACUACAGGCUAUGGGGUCCUACCCAGACUCUUUGGUGUGCCUGACCUCCAUGGGAGACCUGGCCCCAUCUGAAGGAGUGGACCACCGAGCCAUGACUGUGUUCCCUGGUCCUGUCCAGUCGGGUAGCAUGGGGGACCUCCUCAACAGCCGCAUCCCGACAGAGAACUUCACCAGCCUAGAGCUGGAGGACAACUUACUGCAGUCCACUGGGGGUCACUUUGCCCCCUCACCUCCAUCUCAGCCCGCUAACCAACCCCAGACAUCGUGCUCCAGCCUGACUUCAUCUUCUUCUACAGUCGCCCCCUCCACCCCCUCCCUGCUCACUCAGACCUCCAUAACGGAGCGAACGUUUUCCCGGACACACGCAUCCCACGUCCUGACCAAGUCGGAUGCACCCACAUCAUCUCCACAAGGCAGCCACUACAGCAGUGAGCACGUGCCGUCCCCGUACAGUGACCACAUAUCUUCUCCCCAUGCCAGCUCCUUCCAGACAGACGCGCCUCUACUGCUGGAAGUCCCUCUCAGCGGGAUACCGGGACCCCCACGCUCAUCAUGGAACAAUCUCCCUCUGCCCCUCACAGACCCCACACAGUUUGGCAAUCUCAUAGGAUCAGAAAGUCAUCUCAUAUCCACCUCCCUGUCCACGCCCCCGGCCACCACACACUCUGUGACGCUGCAGCCCAUGGCUGCGCUCUCAGCGAUGCCCCAGAGUGGCUUGACAGGUUUAACGACUUCCCCCGCCCCCUCCUCCCUCCCAUCCUCUUCACACGAUCUUCUGACCUCCACGCAGCCCAAGCAGCAGCUACCCCAGUUCAGCGCGGCCUUUGGCCAUCAAUUGGCCUCCCACAGUGGCAUCCCGAAAGACGUUCAGCCGAGCCACAGCUCCACAGCGCCCCCCGCUGGCUUUUCCAUAGUUAGUGCCACUGCUGCAAGUGCCAACAGCGCCACACCACCCUUCACGCAAAGUAAAUGAGAGCAGUCGGUGUGCGGCGGCUGCAUGAUGGUCUGCGGACUCAGUCACUUACAAUCCAGUCGGCUGGCUCCUGAUGGACCGCCCCUCCUCAUCUGCUACAUCUGUGCAAUGUGGUAAUGGUGCACUAUUUGAUAAUGAAUUUGCACAACCUCAGAUUUUCCUCAAUAUUUUCUAUUUUCAUUCUUUGAUCCUGUAGCCAGGCGGUCUCUGGGAUUUUAAGUUGGUGUGAUUCCACUUGUUUGAUGCCUGGUGGUUUCGUCAGCAGGGGGUGGGGGUGGGGGGGUAACAGUCAGAUUUUGUGAUGAAAUAAACGGGUGAAAAUUAGCAGAAGGACCUUAGCAGAGAUUAUCUGUCACAUUGCUCAGAAUUCAUUGACGUAGAAGCCUCAAUCAGUGGUCGGUUUGUUUGCUUUGCCAGUCAGUCCUGUCUUUAAAUGAUCAACUGUACCCUGUCUUGCUCAGACAGCUCUUGCAUUUCCACCUGUUCAUACACUGCUUCUGUCACCCUCUGAAAAACAAGGAGUACAGGUUGUGAUACUUGUGACCCAUUAUGUUUCAAGCUAUUUAACUGUUAUCAUGAUUAUAGAAUCUUUAUCGAGUCAAAUUUCACAGUAUGAAUUUACCAAAAUACUUUUAAACCGCUGUUUUUAUAUUGUGUAUACUGUUUAUGUGCUCAUUUAUUGGUUUGCUCAGAUGUCAAAAUCUCCGACCUCACCAUUGGUUGUGGGACUCUGAGUGGCCUAGUAGACACUUGAAGGUAAAUAUAGUUUCUUAAAGCAAUAAACACAUUAACAUAACUCUAGCAUCGUAAGGUAUUUUAUUGGUCCCAUUACAUGUAGCUUCACUUGUGAAUCUGGGUUGGAUCAGGAAUAUAUUUUGGCCUCUAUAACUGUUAUGAACCUUAUUUUACAGCAGAACUAUUUCACUCGACUAGAGCCGAUGGAGACCAGUGAUCAGGUCAGCCUUCUUCUCUCGAGUCAUACGGAGUGGAUCUUUAAGGCAAAUAACUGAGUUUCAGUGUUAAUGGUAGAGGUGAUGAUGUUAUCCAGGGACUUUAAGUGUCUACUCUCAAAGGUGCUCUCUGGUCCACACAUACAAUGGUAGUUAGUGACUUGCAUACAUGUUUGGCAAAUUCAUGCCAGGACCAAGGAAACUCACUAAGACAUCAAGGCCAGAAUACCCAGAGAGGGCUACGUGAAUCAAAUUGUAUAAAUAUUGUGUUGAGCAGUCUGUUUAACGCUCAAACUCACUUAGUGAUUUUAAGCUAAAUUAUGCAAACCUGGGAUCUGAUUUUGACUUAAGAAAUUGACAAACUCCCCCCUCAUGCCAGAGAGCUCUUCCCCUGUUACCGACUCAUACAGCAGUACAGCCAUGGCUUCUGAUAGAUAUUAUAUUAAAAUUAAACAUUUGACAGAUUGUCAGACAUUGAGUAUUAGGUAUAUAGUAGCAAGUCUCUAUCUUGGGGUAUGUUGGUAAAUUAUUGAGUAGCAAUGGAUUUAAAUUGUUAUUUGCAAUGUAUUCAGUGGAACCUGUGUCUUGUAGAAUGAGUCUCUUGUUUUUAAUGGCUAUCAAAAUGGUUGUAAGUUGGAGUCAUCAAUGUUUGUAUGCUGUCAUUUAGUUUUUAAAUAAUAUUCUGAUGGAGGGUAUUUUUGAUAGCUAUUAAACUCCAGGAAGAAGAUUUGCAUGGGGCAGCAGCCUUUUGUGCGAGAGCAUAAUAAUAAUAAUAAUAUUAUUAGAGUAUGGUGCCUGGCUUGAUUCUCGGUGGUAGGAAACAUAGGAAUAUAUACAUCACCAUUUAUUUUAAUUGUGUGAAGAAAAACAUCAUUACAGUAUGUUGUUUUUUCGACACAGCUUUCUUUGCACAGGAGUGGAUGAGGCUGGUGGUGUUUCACUUGUCCAGUGUUUGUCUUGCCUUUUUUUCCUUUUUGCUUGGACACUCAUUAACUGAACAGCUGCCAUCAUAACCAGCUCUGAGCCUGCACCAGUGCCCCAUUUCCAGCUGUGAGAAGGCCCAGUUCUGUCUCUCCCUUCCAAAGAGAAAACACAGUGAAGUGUAAACCCGUAGCUCCACCAGAGACGACUGGGCUGCUCUGCUGUGUUCCAACUAAUGGUCAUAAAUAGUGCCCCGAAAAAAGAAAAAAAAAAUGUUGGAUGAAAAUGUUUGCAAGGCAUUACUGCUGUAUCCGCAUGAGAUUAGUCACUGCACCAGUUGACCCCCAAACCACGUAGAACAAAAUGAACAGGGCUCGUACUGUAGGCACAUUUAACUGCUUGAGAUCAGAGAUGGCUGACAAAUUCCUAUACUCAUUGAAUGUACUGUAUUACUGUUUUUAAAGAUAGGAUGAGCUAAUCUAGUCACCUUUUGUUAUUGGUCCUUGUUUAAUUUGUCUAAGGUAUUUUUUGUAUACAAAGGUUUACAUUUUUAUGUAUAUUUUUCUUGUGUACAAAUUAUGUAAUAUGUGUAAAAAAACACUGUAUGUAAUAUCUGUAUAUAGUGUGAGAAAUAUGAUCUUUUGUUUUUGGAUGUAUAAAUAAAACUUGCUGUGAGGUA